CCGUUUCUUCAAAGCAUUCCUCCGCACCUCGCCUUCAGGCCACUCUCCUUGCGGCGCAAGAAAUAAAGCCCAGAAUAAUAUUUUGCAGGAGAAUGAUCUUCGAUAGUCAAUAACCACGCCAAAGCAGCGACAAUAUUCAUAUCACUACCGCCAUCCGCAAUGGACCCUGCCAAGAAUACCCUCACAAGCGCAUUGCCACGUCUGGUACGAGGUCUGCUACUACUCUUGGUCACUAUAUCUUGUGUAUGGGCCCUUCCCACGAGCAUGACACCAGUCGACAGCGGUGUUCCUCUUGAUGUUGGGCAACAUGUCAGUAUAUCGACGCAAAAUUGCGCUUUGGGAGUCGCGCUCAUCAUGGUCGGCCUCGUCGAGGUCUUCUAUGGGUUCAAGUUCAUCCGAUUAACUCUCUUCGUCGCCGGAUUUCUGUCCUGGGCGGUUGCUGCCAUGAUUAUCAUGGUUGCCUUCCGGUGGGAUCUGGUGUACACGACAUUUAUGCCACAACAUUACUAUAUGUGGGUCUGGCUAGUGGCAGGUCUAACCGGAGCAAUUCUAUCUUUUCGAUUCUGGGACCUUGGCGUCACCUUCACUGGCGCCUUUGGUGGUUUUGCCGUCGCCAUGGGCGUUAUCGCAGUUGCGAAUCUAUCAAUUGGAAACGCUGGACGUUAUGUCAUCCUGGGGCUCUUCAUCCUUGGAGGAGCCGCCAUCGCCACAUUCUUUGAGCGCGUUUUUAUCAUCUGCGGUACGAGUUGCGGCGGCGCGUUCAUUUUUAUGUUUGGGGUGGACCAGUUUGCUCAGGUCGGAUAUCGCGAGAUGAUUGUCAUUUUCGACUUUACGGGCAAAACGCUCAAUUACCAUCCCAGCCUUCAAGUAUAUCUGAUGCUUGGCUUUUCAUUGGUCCUGGCGGGCCUAGGGAUUGCAUGGGAGUUUUGGCACCAUGCAACACCGCUUCUAAUGGAUCGCAAGGCGAUUUUUCGGAUAUAUGGAAGGCCGUUUGGGAAGCGACCUAGGAGGCUGGUCGGACAGAGAAUUCAUCACCACCUCAAGACACGGUCAGGUAUAUAUACAUACAUCACUGGAUGUCACUGCUUGGAACGGUGGGGUACCGACGAUGUCCUUUAUGGUGACGAUUGGAGUGCUUCAGAGGUUGGUCACCCCGUACCGUCCCAAAGUCCGAUCGCGGAAGAGCCGUCGCCGAUGGAGGAGAUUGGACAAGGCCAUUCCGGUCAAAAGGAAUCCAAGACGAUGCCUAUGGAAAGCAGCAGCGAUGUUCCUUUGAAGUCGGCCCCUGUGGAGGAUGGCGGACGGAAGCACGCUGGUUCCACAGAUCAUCCGCUACCGGAGGCUGCCAAGAGCGAGACUGACAAGCACGUCUCUCAGCACUCAGGAAGCACCAGGUUCACUCGCCAUGCUGAAGGCCAGACUUCUGGUACAACGCACAUUAUCACACCGACCACCACCCGCAUAGAACGCACCGAGCACUCAGAGCACUCAGAAACUGGACUGCCCAGUCAUUCCACAAUACCACAAGCUGAGAUACAUCAUCCACUAUUUUCUCCGCAGCUCGGUGCACGCACUGUCGAGUUGCUACGGCUAGUCAUAGAGGAGAUUACCCCAGGCAGUACUAUCUCAAGGGAGUUCCUUGCAGAGCAUCCGCACGCUAGGCCCGCGGUAUCCCCUUCGAUAUGGCAGACGUCCUCACCCGCUUCCGAAAUCGGGUCUACGUCUGAGCUGCUUGGUACCCAUGGUCUCUACACGCUUGAAGUUUCUGAUAGUGCCUCGGAGUUCCGCGAGUCCCAGGAGAGCGAUGGUCCCGAGGAGGAGCAUGAGGCAGCCGGGCCGCACUAUGCCUCUGCAUCCAAUAAAUAGUAUCAUCAUGGGUG